AUGGCGGUUUCGCUUCCACGAUGCGUGGACACCGUUAUCAUAGGCAAUGGGCCCUCUGCCCUCAUUCUGUCCUAUAUCCUUCACGGCCAUAUUCCCUACUAUAUCGGCGGGCACCAUGAUGCCAUACUAGACCAAAAGCUCUCGGCGAACCCGAGUCUCUUGCACCUCACGCCGGACCUGUACGCGCACUUUCUGUCCUCGCUACGGUACUCGACGCAGGGGCUUCCAGUCAAUACGCUGCUCGACACGCUCAUUCGACCGAACGCGGAUACGGAAACAAACCCGAAGUCAUGCGUCGAGUGGAGAUAUGAGCCUGAGAAGGCGAUUUCGCAUGUCGCCAUCGGCCAGACGUCACAGCCCGGUGGACAAUGGGCCGAGAGCCCAGUGUCUGCGAGCGCGGAUAUAGGGACACUGAGCUAUGCGGAGCAGUUGAGCCUUCCAGGAUACUCGUAUGCGGAUCAUUUGGCGAAGAGCGGCAAGGGAGAGCAAUGCGACUUUGUGAGGCCGUCUAGGACUGAGGUCGCCGACUAUCUGAAGGCAUAUCCGGAUGCGGUGGAGAUAUCGGAUACUAUACGUACGGGAAUAAGAGUGGAUAAUGUAUACCGGACUGUAGACGGCUUCGUCAUUGGGUCGCUUGGAAUACGAUGCAAGCACCUCGUCCUGGCUUCCGGUAUCUUCACGGUCAACAUACCCCCACCGCCGCUACUUGCACCCAUCGCGCAGAUCGAGUCGAGAGAGAAACCGCUACUGGUAAUUGGAUCUGGAUUCUCGGCAGCCGAUGUCAUUAUAUCGACGCCUCCCAAUCGCAAAAUCAUCCACAUCUAUCAAUGGGCUCCAGAUACCCGACCGUCUCCGCUGCGUGGCUGCCACCAUAGCGCAUACCCCGAGUAUGCGACAGUAUACCGACAGAUGAAGCUGGGAGCGCUCUCUUCGAGCAAGAGUCUAUCGGCCAAGUCUCCUAUGCUACGGCGGAAAUCGAAUCCCUUCUUCAAACAGCGCGAUUGGGCCUCCCUCUACGAGGGGCUUCCGAACGCCGAGGUCCUGAAGGUUUCUACCUCGGACAGCACAAAGUCAGCGAGAGUAACUGUCCGCCUUGCAUCCGGGGAAGAGACUACUCGCGAAGUCGGUGGCCUAGCUUAUGUCGUGGGAAGACGUGGCUCCCUAGACUAUCUCUCCCCUGACCUCCUCGCCGAAGUUCUCGGAUCAAGUAAUGAAGCCACUCCAGACUUAAGCCCCCCGGCUCUGAUAUCAGGCCGCACUCUCCGCGCGAAAGCCGAGUCCUCCCUAGAAGUGGCCAAGAACGUCUUCAUCAUCGGCAGUCUCGCAGGCGAUUCGCUCAUCAGACACGCAGUAGGCGGAUGCGUGUUCGCCGCCGGCCGCAUCCUUGGAGCCAUACCAUCGACCUUUUCACCCCUCUCAUCACCCUCACGAGCAUCCUUCACGCCCAGGUCCACCUCCCCUUGUCGCCUCUCAGAGGCUGCCUCAGACACCUCUUCGACACCCCCCGCUGCCAAUGGGAGUCCCGUCAUAAUAGCGAAUGGACAUGAGGAUUUGCAUCUUGAUAGGCGGAAGCUGAGCCGGGGUGUGGAGGUCGCGAACGUGGAGAAUAGGUACUGGGUCGAUUCUGGGUGGUGGGCUGGCGGUUUGGGGCCCGGUAAACCUGAUGUAUAG